UGGACUGAGUGUGUAUUAGUUGCUAAUGUUAGCUUACUAGCUAGCCCUGCUGUUAGCUGCACGCUUCCUCAGCAGUCAGUGCCACUUAUAGGUAAUGUUAGACCCAUAAAUAAGGUUUGAAGUAGCGUCACUGCACUUUAUUCAUAUAAAACAACCCUAAAGUUUGGGUUGCAUGCCAGGUCUCCACUGAUGUUGACUGGAUGUAGAAGCCCUUCUUGUAGAUUUUUGUCACUCACCUAUAGAAGACUUUGUACCAGGAUCUCUCCAUUUUCAUCUCUCCGUCCACCAACUCACAGUCACAUCUUCUUUAGCCAACACACUUCAGUCCCCCCCUUAUCUUCUCACUUGCCUCCCACCCGCUGCCUCUCUCUUUCUGCUCCCUGUCCCGGCCUGAUGGAGCUGAAAGAGGUCCUGCAGGUGUUGGAGCAGCUCGCUCCUCUGUCUCUGGCCGAGUCCUGGGACAAUGUGGGUCUCCUGGUGGAGCCCAGCAAACCCCGGCCUGUUAAAACUAUCCUGCUGACCAACGACCUCACAGAAGCUGUCAUGGAUGAGGCCGAGGCCAUGAGCUGUGACCUCAUCAUUUCAUAUCACCCCCCGUUGUUUCGGCCUUUCAAGCGUCUGGUUCAGAAAGAUUGGAAGCAGCGAUUGACCAUCCGGGCUGUGGAGGCCAGGAUGGCGAUCUUCUCCCCUCACACUUCGUGGGACAGCGUUAAAGGAGGAGUGAACGACUGGCUGGCUGGGGGAUUGGGUAGCGGCCAGGUGUCCGUGCUAAGUCAGGCCCACGCAGCCGCCUCCCACAGCCACAAACUGGAGUUCACAGUCAAGAGUACAGAGGAACUAAACGCUGUGAUGGAGGAACUGAAGGCUUGUGACAGUGACACAACUCUACAGCAUUCAGCCGGCAGACCAGACAACAGCUGGAUCCAUGUGAGCGUGACCUGCAGUGACUCAGCGCUGACCCCUAGUGUCCAGACUCUGUUACGACACAAUGCUACCAGCCUGUCCUUCAGCAUCCUCAAGUUAGAAAAGCCUCCUCUCCCGGGUCACGGCCAAGGACGACUUAGUGUUUUGGACGAGCCAGUGACCGUUUCAGCAGCCAUCCAGAAAAUGAAGUCCCACCUGGGUUUGAGUCACCUCCGUUUGGCUCUGGGAUCAGGACAGACGCUAGAGUCCUCUGUGGAAACCGUGGCUGUGUGUGCUGGAUCUGGAGCCUCAGUACUGGGCGGAGUCAAGGCAGACCUCUACAUCACAGGUGAGAUGUCCCACCACGAGGUUCUGGACGCCGUGGCGAUGGGGACUAACGUCAUCCUCAGUGACCAUAGCAACAGUGAGCGGGGUUUCCUGGCGGUGUUCAGGGAGAAGCUGGCUGUGCGUCUUCCUGACAGUGUGACUGUGGUGGUGUCCAAGACAGACAGAGACCCUCUGGAGGUGGUCUGACCGGCGGGGAGCUACACUUGUUGUCUGUCGGAUACAUUUUCACUGUUUUGAUCGGAUAAAAUAAAAGAUAUUACCAAAUCACCUUCUCAGGCUGCACGAUUUCAAAAAUAAAAAACGAUUAUAGUGACUGAUAUUGCUGUAUGAUUGACAAUAUUAGAUAAUAGUAAUUCAAUACUACUAUGAUAAUAGUACAAUAUAGGAUCUGUACCAACAAUUUUAUUUUUGAUUAAUUCUGUAGAAAACCGUUUGUAAUGCUAGACUUCUCUGCAACACCACAAUACUUCAUUUAGAAUAAUUUCCUAUCUUUUUCUAUUUGUGAGAUUCAAAUAGGUGUGUGUGUGAAAUGACUGCAUUAAAUAUAUAUUCCAUGCAAACUGUUUGUCAAGCAACAUCUAAGCUAUCUAAAGAGUAAUACAUGUCUUCUGUGCCUCUUGUGCUUCCUAUGGUACAUGUUAUUAUGUAUUUCUGGAACAAUCUUAAUAAAAAUGGGUCCUUGCCUGUUG